AUGGGUAAACCUCAGAAAAUCGACCCAAGAAAUCUCGUAGUCUGUAUUGAUGGAACCUCAAACCAGUUUGGCCUUAAGAAUACGAAUGUCAUCGAACUCUAUCGUCUUCUAGCCAAAGACGAGAAUCAAAUCACGUUCUACAAUAGCGGUAUCGGAACAUAUGCGACACCGUCAUGGAAGUCGUUGGCAUAUCGAAGGCAGCAGCUAUACCAUAAGCUUGAUCUUGCCAUUGCGUGGAACUUCGAGAGGAUCGUGCAGAUCGCAUAUCAAUGGCUUUCAGAACAAUAUCGCGACGGGGACAAGAUAUUUUUAUUUGGGUUCUCUCGUGGCGCGUAUCAAGUGCGCUGCCUGUCUGCUAUGAUCCAUACGGUUGGCUUGAUACACCGCGGAAACGAAGCGCAGAUUGCAUUUGCAUACCAAUUGUAUGCAAAUGAACGAACUCUCGAAAAUCCGUCAUACAUGGCGGAGCGAUUCAAGGAGACUUUUUCCCGAGAGGUCAAAGUACAUUUCGUAGGAGCAUGGGACACCGUAUCAUCUGUGGGGGUUAUUCGUGACAAGACUCUUCCCGGAACGACGGAAGGAAUGAAGCACGCCAAUUUCUUCCGUCACGCUUUGGCGUUAGAUGAACGACGAGUCAAGUUCCUCCCUGAAUACGCCUAUGAGGGUUGCUCGCUACCUACCGACGAAGACGAAAGAAGACGAGAGCUCAAAAGCAGAGACCACUCUAAUAUCUUGGCGCAUACAAAAGAGGUCUGGUUUGCAGGCACUCAUUCAGAUAUCGCACCAUCCUUGAGGUGGAUGUCCUAUCAAGCUACUGCCGCUGGGCUUCGGGUGCAGCCUGUCACAGGGAAGUGGGAUUUCGCAGCGCCAAUCACGAUCCACGAAUCUCUGACACGGUCAUGGUGGCCGUUUGAGAUGGUGCCUUGGGUAAGACUGACUUAUCAUGGUGCGAAGAAUUCAACGAUGCGUCCACACCAAGGGAUGCCGCGCCAUAUACACGAGGGCCAAAUGAUCCAUAGCUCUCUCUUGCAUGACUCGAACAAACGGGAGGAGGCUGUCGAUGGUUCUCGAUCACCCCAGUCGUUUUGGAAACGGGUCACUUUGGCCCUCCGGAAGAACGACUCUUCAACCAAGAAUUAUGUUCCCAAGGCCUCUCUGAAACGCUUGGGUCAGGAUGACCUCCGGACGUGGGGUGAUUUCUACACUGCUGCGGGGUCUGCAACCCUGCCCGCACUCGUAGAACGUGAUCUGAAUGACCUUGCUUCUGAACUGGUCCAUGGCAUUCGAGCAGCUAGGCCUUUCGAUACCCCCUCUCUUCUUAGACAGUUUGUAUUCCUGGCGUCAUCCGGUGCGUCUGCUCUCCUCAACCCAAUCUUAUGUAUAAACUGA